AUGCCCAUCUGGCUAAUGACGAAGAACAUCUUCAUGGAGAGCGGGACUACCCUGCUGCUUCACGACGACCUCGGCUGCGACCUGACCUCUUGGAGCGUCGGGAACAGAGCCCCCGACAACGGCGCGUACGAUGGGCUCAAUGCGCGGUCCUUCAUUUCGGCGGUGAGCGAGAUGACUCACCCCUCGGACACGUGCGAUGGCGCAGCCGAUGACGACGCGGGGGAAGCGAGAAUGGACAUAAUCAACAGCGAGGUGGCCUACCUAGGCUACCAGGCAUCGGAAUCGUAUGGCAUCAGCUACAAGGUGCGAGGGUACUGCACGGACGAGUCCAACCCGGAGGUGUUCGACCGCGUUAACGUUAGGGGAGACAUCCGCUUCUCUGACAUUCACCACAACUGGUUCGGACAGCAAUACGGGUUCGACCCUCACGACGAUUCUGACAACUUACGGAUCCACAACAACAUCGUGUACGAGAACGGCAACCACGGUAUCAUCGCGUCGAAGAGGUGCAACGACGUGUCCAUCCAGAACAACGUGGUGUACGACAACGCGCUCCACGGCAUCAUGCUCCACCGCUCCUCCGAUCGGGGAAUCAUCAGGAACAACACCGUCUCUGGCUCCGGGAGUGCUUGCAUUGCUAUCUUCGAGUCCUUCGACAUCGAGAUCAGCGACAACCUCUGCACGCAGAACGAAGAGGGCAUCCGGUUGUCCAUGGGGUCGUCCUACAACAAGAUCUUCGACAACCAAGUCAUCGACACCGCUGGCCGGUCCAUCUGGAUGUACCUGGGAUCCGACGAGGUCGAGGCCUCCGCCGCUACUGACGGCAUGUGCACGGGCAACCUAUUCCAGAACAACUACCUGGAGGGGUCCGAAACCGGGGUGGCCAUGACCGAGACUCGGGACACGAUGCUGAUCGGGAACACGUUCAUCGACACCGACAACAACGAGUGGAAGGACUCUGACGGGCUCGUGUGGCGGGACAACAACAUCGACGGGGACUUCGACAUGAGAUUCUCCGAUACCUGUGUAACGUCCGAGAGCGAUUUCGACCAGAUUAACGGCGUCGGCAGCAAUCCGAGCGAGUGCUAA